AUGGAGACUACAGCAUUUAAAGAAUUAUCAAGUAAGUUGAUAUUAAUUCAUGAAGAUUUAAGAGAGAUGAUAAAUAUUUCAAAGACUCAAAAAAUUGAUGAAACUAAAAUCAUUGAAACUCUUAAACGAGAACUGAAAAUAUCUUUCAAUAUUGUGGAUGAGCAGCAAGCCGUCAACUCACAAGAACUUUUGAUUAAUUCUACACAAGACAUUUACAAUGAUAAUGAAGAAAACGAAGAAGAAGAAAAUAAACCACUGGUAAGAAAUAAAUCAGACUGGAUUCCAAGACCAACAAAAGAUAAAGAUUUAGAAGAAACUAUUAAAACAUUAAAAACAAAUUCACUUACAAGCAAUAAAAAUGUCAAGUACAAUUUAACCCGAGAGGAGAAAACAGCUUUACAAAAUUUAAAAUCAGAUAAAUCAAUAAUAAUAAAAGAAGCGAAUAAAGGUAAUGCAGUUGUAAUCAUGGACCGUGAGUAUUACAGAGAUAGUAUUUUAAAUAUUUUACAAGAUGAAAUGUCUUAUGAGGUGACACAUAAAAAAUUGGACCGACAAACAAGUACAAUGAUUAAGAAAUUACUAAAGAAACAUGAAACGGAAUUGUUUAAAGAAGGAUAG